GUCGGUUUUCCUCUGUGGAACCAUCGAGCUAUAGCUCCUCGGAAAGGGGGAGUGGAAAGAGUGUGACACAGUUACCGAACUGUAACAAUGUAAACAGCAGAGUUCUUUGACAGUGGUGUGAGGGGGGUAAACCAAGAUGGCCACCAGCCGCGUUCCACUAGUCUUGUUAGCCUGUGGCUCCUUUAAUCCCAUCACCAACCAGCACAUGCGGCUGUUUGAGCUGGCCAGAGACCACAUGCACAGCACAGGCCAGUACCAGGUGGUGGGUGGCAUCGUGUCUCCAGUGAGUGACGGCUAUGGAAAGCAAGGCCUGGUACUUGCUAAGCACCGAAUUGCUAUGGCAAAGCUGGCGCUCCAGAGCUCCAACUGGGUCACGGUUGAUGAAUGGGAGAGCGAGCAGCCAGACUGGACAGAGACUGUGGUCACCAUGAGGUAUCAUUAUGGGCGUAUUCUGAAGGAGUAUGAGCAGAGCACAGAAAGGCACAGUGACUCCAAUGAAAACACCACUCCCCUCUCAAGUCCCUGUCCCCAGCUGAAGCUCCUGUGUGGAGCUGAUUUCCUCGACACUUUCAAGAUCCCUGGCCUGUGGCGGGACGACCACGUGGAGGAGGUGUCCGGGCGUUUUGGCCUCGUCUGCGUCAGUCGAGGGGGGCUUCAGCCUGAGAGAGCAGUGCACGAGUCAGACACGCUCUCGCGCCACCGUCAAAACAUUUUCCUGGUGAGGGAAUGGGUUAGGAACGAGACAAGCGCCACAGAGAUCCGCCGGGCUCUGAGACGGGGGCUCAGCGUAAAAUACCUGAUCCCAGACACUGUGAUAGAAUAUAUUCAUCAGCACAAUCUCUACACGGAAGACAGUGAGAGGAAAAAUAAAGGCACGGUGUUGAGGCCGCUCGCCAAAGAAGCACAACAGCCAGUGAAGAGUCUGGAUGACUAUGUAAAUGUUGCCAUCAGGAAAAUCGCCACCUUGUUAAAGCCUGACAAGGACAUCACCCACGACGGGGACCACAUCAUCAUCAAAACCCUCAGCACCUUCAAAAACUACAACAUGGACUUUUAUGUGGGCAAAGAGUUCGAGGAGGAUCUGUCGGGAGUGGAUGACAGGAAAUGCAUGACCACCAUCAACUGGGAAGGAGACAAGCUGGUGUGUGUGCAGAAGGGAGAGAUUGAAGGAAGAGGCUGGACCCACUGGGUGGAAGGAGAUGAGCUUCAUCUGGUCCGUCUAAAAACUUUAAAUUACCUUCUGUUCUCUGUAGGAGCUGAGAGCUGGAGGAGCUGUUUGCCAGCAGGUCUUCAAGAAAACCUAAGCUGGCUCUUACUGAACGGGACUGUGCCCCUGGAUGACGUUGGCUCACAUUUUCUGCCCUCAUGCCCCCUGACUCAAAUAAAAGCAGCAGGACUCCCUGCACCUUCCCCCUCCUUACACUGUCUAAAGUCUACAACAACGCCAGCUGCCACCAUGCCUGUAGACUUCAAUGGGAAAUGGAUACUGGAAACCAGUGACAAAUUUGAGGAUUAUUUGAAAGUGCUGAAUAUUGACUUUGCAACAAGGAAAAUUGCCAUCUCCCUGUCUCAGACAAAAGUGGUAGCUCAAGAUGGAGACAAGUUUGACUUCAAAACACUCAGCACCUUAAGGAACUAUGAGCUGGCCUUCACUGUAGGGGUUGAAUUUGAUGAGUACACCAAGGGACUAGACAACAGAAAUGUCAAGAGUGUGGUGACCUGGGAGGGAGACAAGCUGGUGUGCACUCAGAAAGGAGAGAAAGCCAACCGUGGCUGGAAACACUGGAUCGAAGGAGACAAACUCUACCUGGAGCUGACGUGUGAAGACAUAGUUUGUGUUCAGGUGUUCAAGAGAAAAGAAUAAAAGGCAAAAUAUCUG